AUGUCACUUAUAGUUCACUACCAGUUCGAUCCUGCGAAAGAUACUUUUACUUUCGACAUUCGCGAAGGUGGCCUCACUGUCCUUCAUUCCGUUUGGGCUGAUGAAGUGCAAGCAUUCGCUAAACAACUCUCUGAGGCUAGCAAAUAUGGCUAUUCUGGCCUUCGAUCUGCCUUUCUUUUAAAUGCGGGCAACUGCACCUCCACAAGUGCCACCUCUGGUUGCAUCUCAAAUUCAAAUCUUCCCAAAGACGCAUCCUCCAGACUUUCUAUAUCCUCUGCCAAUCAGGGCUUCAAUCGAAAGCGACAAGGCCAAUCACUCGGCCUCUAUUCACUUCCUUUCCAAAUAGAAGAUAUUGUUUCGCCUGACGGCUAUUCUAUUCCCUUUAAACUACUCACUCGCCUGGAUAGUCUCCGUUUGGUACGACUUUCUGAAAUUCCCUGGCACUCUCGACACGACUACUGGCUGCUGGCGGGAAUUGUUGUACAUGGCUAUGCGUGCUGGAAUCAGAUUCUCUCUGAUCCACGUUUCAGUCUAUUGGUAAAGGGCCUAGAAAAACUGCCUAAAGGUACAUUUUGUGUCGUGUAA